AUGAGCUUUUUUCCCGGAACCGAUCCCAAGGCGGGCGAUGCGUUCGCCUGUGACGCGCUCGAACAACUGAUCAUCCCCAACGCAAAGGACAUUGGCGGCUUCGAGGUGCGCCGGGCCCUGCCCUCGCGACAGCGCAAGCUGGUGGGCCCGUUCAUCUUUUUUGACCGCAUGGGGCCAGCCGUGUUUCGCCCCGGCGAGGCCAUCGACGUGCGCCCGCAUCCGCAUAUCGGCCUGUCCACCGUCACCUAUCUGUUCGACGGCACCAUCCGGCACCGCGACUCGCUGGGUACCGAAAUGGUCAUUUCGCCGGGUGACAUCAAUCUGAUGACGGCCGGGCGCGGCAUCGUGCACUCGGAACGUUCGCCCGAGGAACUGCGGUCGACGAAACGGGCCAUGUCGGGCCUUCAGACCUGGCUGGCCCUGCCCGACGGCAGCGAGGAGAUCGCGCCGGCCUUCGAGAAUACGGCCGCCGAGACGAUGGGUAUCGUCGAUGGCGAAAAGGCCCAUGCGAAAGUGCUGAUCGGCGCGUUUCACGGCGCGGCGUCGCAGGUGACGCAGUUCUCGGAAACGCUCUAUGUCGACGUGACGCUUCCCGCCGGUGGCGAGAUCGACAUCCCGGCCGACACCGAGGAGCGCGCCAUCUAUGUGAUCGACGGUUCGAUCUCGGUGGCGGGCGAUGCGUUCACCGGCGACCAGCUUCUCGUCUUCCGCCCCGGCGACGAGAUCGUCGUCCGGUCCGAGGCCGGCGCAUCGUUCAUGAUCUUCGGCGGCGCGUCGAUCGGAAGCCCGCGCCAUAUCUGGUGGAACUUCGUGUCGUCUUCGAAGGAACGGAUCGAACAGGCCAAGCAGGAGUGGAAGUCGGGACGCUUCGACAUCGUUCCGGGCGACGAAGAGGAGUUCAUUCCCCUGCCCUCGUAA